AUAAAAGAUUUAUAGCCUGGAGCAGGACUCUUAGUAGACUUACAGGAUAUUAGAGCUGCAAUUAUUAGGCAAUGAAUUGAUUAGCUGCCAACUCUUUUGAUAAUCUGUUAAUCGCUGAGUCUCCUAUGACAGUAAAUUGGAUAUCUUUGGGUAGUGAACAAUACAAGACAUUUGAAGAUGUCACCUCAGGCUCUGGAAAACAGUGAUAGACAUUUUCACCAUUUUCUGACAUUUUAUGGACUAAAAAACUAAUCUAUUAAUCAAGGAAAUGAUCAUUAGUUGCAGCCCUACAGGUUAUAGGAUACUUAUAGUGUCACCCACAGUUUAACUGUAACAGUAGACUUACCUAUGUGUGGCAUUAAUACCAACUCUGAAAGACCCUAAUACAGCGCAAGAUCAAUGAAAUCUUGCACAUAUACUACGACCAAAAAAAAAAUCCCUCCAUUACACAUAAGGCAGUAUCACAAUUGUGUACGUACUGUGACCUAAUUACAAUUUAUAAGUAUGAUUCUUGGACUGAAUGUAUGAGUCAUCUUUGACGUGUUGUGACAUAAAAUAAUCAAUUAUAGUUCUUAAGCCCACAGGAUGCAACAGCAUCACCGGUCAUAUAAUUGCCAACACGCAUGCGCGAAAAGGGGUUCAUCCCUUAAACAAAGUUCAAUUUCGGCAUCAACAGAUAUGUUUCUGUGCCUUAGAACAGCAAUAAAAACAAGAUAACACUUUGGACUUUGCUGUGUAUCCGUCACAGUUAUGCUUCUCUUGUGGGAAAGGAGUUAUUAGCUUGAAUCUGAAGCCUUUCAUUGACACUCCAGCAGAAAAAAAAAAUACAGUUGUGAUCUUCUUGGAGACGGAAGUGAGCACUCCUGUUUUUCCAGUCAAGCCUCGCUGUCAACGCUGCGCAUGCAUGUCAGUUUUUGAGUGCUUGUUUACGUGUGUUAUAUACGCCUAUGAGUUCCUACCAAAGAUAGUUCAGAGCCUUCAUUUGCCUCGGAGACUGGCCCUCUGCGGUAUGGCAGCGGCAGCCGGCGGGUCGGAGGACUGCAGCCGGAGCGGCGGCGCUCAGGGCGCGCUGACAGGUGACGGAGAACCGGAGGAGGCCGAGGAGUUCACCUGUCCGGGCCACUGCUCGGAGCUUUCCCGGCGGCAGAGCGAGCAGAGGAAGGCGGGGCUGUUCUGCGACGUGACGCUGGUUUUCACCUCAAGCGGCAGCGGGGUGUCUGGGGAAAGGGUCCAGACGUUGUCCGCCCACCGCUCAGUUUUAUCCGCAGCAUCGCACUACUUCACCUUGCUGCUGGGCGGCCAGUUUUCAGAGGCUCAGUCCGGGCGAGUGGAGCUGAGAGAGUGGAGCUCUGAAACCGGACCCGACCCAGACACGGUGGAGAGUGUCAUACAGUUCAUGUACACCGGGGAAAUCAGGGUCACCGCUGCCAAUGUGCAUGAAGUGUUGGAGCUGGCUGACAGGUUCCUGCUGGCGCAACUCAAGAGCUUCUGCGGAGAGUUUCUGAUGAAGAAGUUGAGCCUGGCGAACUGUGUAGCGGUGCACAGCCUGGCCCACAUGUACACACUGGACCAGCUGGCUCAGGGAGCCGCUGACAUGAUCCGAAGAAACUUUCACAAAAUUAUCCGCAACGAGGAGUUCUACACGCUGCCUUUUCACCUGGUGCGAGACUGGCUGUCAGACUCAGAAAUCACCGUGGACUCUGAACAGGAAUUGUUUGAGGCUGUUAUAAAAUGGGUGAACCAGAACACAGAAGAGCGAGAGAAGCACUUUGAGGAGCUAUUCAGGCUUUUAAGGCUGCAGCAGAUGGUUCCUACUUACCUAACACGGGUGGUGAGAAAGGAGCCUUUAGUGGCGAACAAUGCAGCUUGUCUGCAGCUGGUGUCCGACGCCCUUGAGGUCCACGCUGUUUGCUUUGAGAGCCUCAAGUCAGCUGAUCUGGAGCUCUGUGCCUCCUACAUGGCGGCAGCACAGCCACGUUUUGGCCAGAACAUGGAUGUAAUCAUGGUGGUGGGUGGUGUUUCAGAAGGUGGGGACUAUUUGAGUGAGUGUGUGGGAUAUUUCGUUGCUGAGGACCGUUGGGUCAAUCUGCCGCACAUUCACAACCACCUCGACGGACAUGCCAUCGCCGUCACCGACAGCCAUGUUUACGUGGCAGGGUCCAUGGAGCCAGGCUAUGCGAAGACUGUGGAGCGCUACGACCCCAACCUCAACACCUGGGAGCAGGUCAGCGGCUUGACCAUCCGCAAGCACUCCUUUGGCCUCACAUGUGUCAGUGACAUACUCUACAGCAUCGGUGGUCAUGGCAACUUCAGUCCAGGCUUCAAAGAUGUUACUGUCUAUGAGCCUGAGCAGGACCAAUGGCAUAAUCUUGAGCCAGCACCCAAGAUACUACGAGAUGUAAAAACGGUGAGCGUGGAGGACCGCUACGUGUACGUGAUGGCCAGAACCCCAGUUGAUAUGGACAAUGAGGAUGGACUGAGCACUGUGACCAAUUGCUAUGACACAGAAAGCCACAAAUGGCAGGAAGUGGACUCGUUACCGCUCAUUGAUAACUACUGUAUUUUUCAAAUGGCUGUGGCAUCCACCAACUUCUACCACACAGCUUCCUGUUGCCCUAAGAGUUACAAAGUCACAGCUGAGGCCGCUCAGCAGAAACUAAGCAGAAACAUCUCAGACGACAUCCUCGACAGCCUCCCUCCAGAAGUCACCAGCAUCGAAGGUGCUGCUGUCUGCUACCUAGGGGAAGACAUCUUCAUCAUCGGCGGGUGGAGGAACAGCAACAACAUAGACAAGCAGUAUCGAAAGGAAGCCUACCGUUACUGUUCCGAGAGGAAGCGAUGGAUGCUGCUACCGCCCAUGCCCCAGCCACGCUGCAGAGCCGCCGCCUGCCACGUUCGCAUCCCGUACCAGUAUCUUAACGGCUCCCAGCGCUACCCCAUGCCCCAGAACCUGGCAAGGCAGCGAGACCGCAUGCAGCAGAUGCAGCAGCUCCAUCGGCGCACCCUCAGUCUGCGAAGACAGCUGCAGUCUCAGAUCGAAUGUUGAGAUCAGAAGCUGUUCACAUGAAUCUGAAAUUCUGCUCUGUCUUGUUAGCACUUCAUCCGCUGAUUAUUGCCUUGUUGUUUCCACAAAACUACUGUCUCAUUUUUUACCUUUAAUGAGAUAAAAUGUCUGCAUGAAUUUACCUGGAGCAGGUUUGCAGGAAUGAAAAAAUUGAAAGAUUUAGCGCUGCUAAGAUUAAUUGAUUAAUCUGCAACUAUUUUGAUAAUUUAAUUAUUUUUAAACUAAAUUUCAAGCAAAACUGCCAAAUGUUUGCUGUUUCAAAGCACUCAAAUCUGAGAAUUCGUUGCUAUUCUUGCUCUUAAAUUACUGUAAAUUUAAUAUGUUGGGGUUCUGGACUGUUGUUUGAUCUAAAAUAAGGACAAAUAAGACAUCACCUUGGACUCAAUGAUAUUCUGACGGGUGUUUUUCACCAUUUUCUGAUGUUUUACUGACCAAAUGAUUAAUCAAUUAAUCAAGAAAGACUACACUGUGUGAACUAGUGAUGUUGAAAAAAGAAUUAGCCAGACAGGCUACUAAAUUAUCAGUCUUACAUAUUCAUUUUGGCCUUACAUUAUUAGCUUAUGCCUUACCUUUAUUCUGCCAGUAAAUUAUACUCUGAUUGCUGUAACAUGUUGUUGAUUUAAUUGCUAAACAAGUAAGCUUUGCUUUUUUAUAUGUACCUUAAAGUAACAGAUUUAAAUGUGUUGUAGUGCAAGUUAGAAUAAAACUGAAUACCAGUUAAACUGAUGUAAACACAGCAGAGCAAAUGAUGUCUACAUUUACUAUGAUGUCAUUGAGAAGAAAGUGACAGUUAAAUGAAACUGUAACAACCAGCUAAGAUAUAAAUAUAAGCUUUAACUUUUUACUGCUCUGCUACAUGCGUCUAAUUUCUCUACUACCUCCUGUUUCCACCAUGGUUUUACCUUUUUUUUUUUGCACUGUAGGGAUUGAAGUAUCUUGUUGAUCAUGUUAAGUGUAUGUUAUGUGUGCGCCACUUGAAAAAGACAAUCAUGUAUCAGAGUUUUUGCAGUGAGAAUCAAGUAUUGAGCAAAGCACAUAUUAGGGAAAAGCAGUGAGUAUGUUUUCCUUCUUGUUGUAACAUAACCCCUUUUUCACUGCACUAAGAUAUGUGGACUAAAAUGUUCAGAUACUUAAAUACUUUUUGCCAUUCCAAUGAAUGUGUAUGAAUAUGUGUGAUUUAUUUCUUUGAUAUAUCAAACAGUCAGGAACUGCCUUAUUUAAUUUUCCAAGGUUGUUGCACAGCUUCAAAGGUUGAAGGAUAGACCAAAAUACCUCUUGUGUUUUUGCUUUCUCUGAUAAUAGUGACAAGUCAUUUUUGGCAAAAGAAACUGUACUUCUUUUCUUACUUGAGUUAUAUUUACAUUCAGUUAGCCUUUUUUUUGUCAGGGCAUGGUUUAAAGAUAGUGGCUUCCUGGAAUUAUUUGGUUUGAUUGGACUCAUUGGUUUGUUCUGUCUUUGUACUUGUGGUCAGUUUUAUUUAUUUAUUUGGCAUUUCACUUUUUUUGGACCUCUGAUAAUGUAGAAGCAGACAUGAAAAGACGGGAAUGACUUGCAACAAAGGGCCAGAUUCAAAACAAGGAAGUAGCAUUUAUGUGGUGUUUGUGUCUAACCAUUCAGUUAUUGUGAUGUCUCCUUUCUGGCUAAAUUUGCUCUCAGUGAGUAUGAGCACAUGUUAAGAUAUGGACACUGCACUGUGGAAAGACAAAAAGAUGUGUGAAACACAUUAAAUCAGAAGCUGGAUUUUUUUGUUUGUUUGUUUGUUUUAUUUUUUUGCCAAUAGUUGUAUGAAUUGAUGGGAUUUCCAGCCCUGAAAGACAUUGUACGCUGUUGUUUGUUUGUCUCAUCUGACUCUAUACAGUGUUGUUGGACUGUUUUCGCAGUAUAUUUUUCCAUCGCUGUUGAAAUUGCUAGUGCCUGUGAUAUUCUCAGCCAAGCUCUAUUAUUUCAUUAGGCAUUUCGUGUUGUGAGCCUAAUAUUUUUACUCUAAUUUACUGUACAACUGAUGAAUGAAAAUCGUCUGAUCGAUUCUAUGUUGAAGUUAAAAAAUUACAUACGAGGUCAGAUGCACGUAAGCAGAGAGUUGCUGCAGAAUUCAGCGGAGCCGCCAGUGACCUCAGCAGGAUCUAUUCACUGGGUUGCAAGUACUGAUUUUUGUCUUAGAUGUCAAAAAGCCCAGUUGGAGAAUUUAUUUUGGAAAACGUAUUAUUUGCCAUUGCUAUAUACACAGAUGUCAUGCAGCCACAUGUACUUUGUGUCACUGCAUUUGUAUUUGCAAGAGCUGCAAGUGUAUAUUGUUUGGCGUUUGCAAUAAAUGUAAGUUAAUUCAUUGAAA